AUGAUGCACCAUACACGCGUGUUCUUUCCCUGGACCAAGGCCUCGCUCUCCCAGGCCCGCACCAACCUUGCAUCGACUUCAGUGGGUGGCCUGGCCUUCUUCGCUGGAGGCGCCAAUGCAACCAGCUUCUUGCCCGUGGUGGAUGUCUACAAUGCCUCGUCCAACAGCUGGUCCACGGCCUCGCUCUCCCAGGCCCGCUCCUCCUUGGCGGCAACCUCCGUCAGUGGCCUCGCCCUCUUCGCUGGAGGUAGUAAUUUCGGAUUCUCCUCCGUGGUGGACGUCUACAACGGGUCAUCCAACGGCUGGACCACGAAGGCUCUCACAGAGGCCCGGCACAGCCUGGCAGCAACUUCAGUCGGUGGCCUCGCCCUCUUCGCUGGAGGCUCCAACUCUUCUGGAAUCUCCUCCAUGGUGGAGAUCUACCACGUGUCGUCCGACAGCUGGUCCACGGCCUCGCUCUCCCAGGCCCGCUACAGGUUGGCAGCGACCCCAGUCGGUGGCCUCGCCCUCUUUGCUGGAGGGUCCAAUUCCUCUGGGGUCUCCUCCGUGGUGGACAUCUACGAUGCGUCGUCCGGCACCUGGACCACGGCCUCUCUCUCCCAGGCCCGAGACAGCCUGGCAGCAACUUCAGUCGGUGGCCUCGCCCUCUUCGCUGGAGGCUUCAGUUCUUCUGGGGUCUCCUCCAUGGUGGACAUAUACGACCGAUCAUCCAACAGCUGGACCACCGCAUCGCUCUCCCAGGCCCGCCGUGAGUUGGCAGCGACCUCAAUCGGCAGCCUCGCCAUCUUCGCUGGAGGCUACAAUUCUUCGGGGGGCUACUCCUCCGUGGUGGACAUCUACGAUGCGUCGUCCGGCACCUGGACCACGGCCUCUCUCUCCCAGGCCCGCUUCAACUUGGUCGCGACCUCGGUUGGUAGCCUCGCCCUCUUUGCGGGAGGAGUCGAUACCCCCGCCACCGACUCCUCCGUGGUGGACAUUUUCACUCCACCGUCGCCCUCGACUUCACCGUCUGUCUCGCCCUCUCCAUUGGUGGUUCCGUUCACUUCAACUCCGGUUGCAGCGGAAUAUAACCUCACCGUUCCCUCGGUGACCCUCAGCAGCCAAUCGUCAUCGGGAGGCGCCACGAAAACGCAGGUAGACCUCGGUUUGGUUAGCGUAGAAGAGAUCUCAGCGCUGGACAACACCACUGUGCUGCAGGCCGUCAACCUCCAGACCGGCAAGUUCGCCCUCCCGGAGGGCACCUUAAUCCAGACACCUAACGUCGUUUCAUUUCUGGCUGCGUCUGGGUGGACGAUAGAAUCGAAGAAUGGGUCAGCAGCAGGCGGCCAGAGCAGCGAGUACAUCUUCACCAGCGAUCUCGGCGCUGCGACCAGCGGAGCCAACAAUGCGACUCUCCGAUACUAUUUCAGCACCUUUGACUCCAACAAACUCAUCACCACUGAGAGCAACUACUCAUUCACGGUGACGCCGUCACUGCUCAAGUUUUCGAUCAACAUCACCUCUUGGACAUGGAAAUCACUGUCGGGCAAGCUGCGGCUGACGCUCAAGAUUGAUCCCUCGUUCGUACGGUUCACGCGAUGGAGUGACACGCCACAGACCGGCAUGACAACGCUCCUGUUCACGGCCGAACCAGCCAGCACCGUGAUGCGGUUGCUCGACUUCGGAGAAGCCUCGUCAGGAGGCCUGUUGACGCGCCUGCCGGUGGAAGCUUCAGCGGCGGUCAACACAUCGUCACUGUCCCUCACGUUUGGUCAUUUCAACGACUCCUUCUUGUUCGACCCAGACUUCGGACUGUUGGUGGGCAGGAAGGCGGGCAGUGGAAGCGAUGACAAUGUGGGCCUCAUCGUGGGAGUGGUUGUGGCCGUGGCAGUGGCAGUGGCGUUCGUGGGCGUGGUGAUCGCGGGUGGCCUUGGUGUGGCUUGGUGGCAAGGAAGGCGAAGGACUCUCAAGGCCGUGAACUUUGGUGUGGAACAAGUGGAGGAGUCCUUGUAG